AUGUCGGCGUGCAAGCGGGUGGCGAAGGAGCUGGAAGAUCUGCAGAGGGAGCCUCCCCGGUACCUGCGGAACCUGGUCAGCAAAGAUGCCGACGUCCUGGUGUGGCACAUGCUCUUGCUGCCUGACGAACCACCUUAUAACCUCAAGGCCUUCAACCUGAACAUCAUUUUCCCCGAAGAGUAUCCUUUCAAACCUCCCACAGUAAAAUUCACAACCAAGAUCUAUCACCCCAACGUGGAUGAGAAUGGACAGAUGUGCCUGCCCAUCAUCAGCAACGAGAACUGGAAGCCAAGCACCAAGACCUGCCAAGUCCUGGAGGCUCUCAUCCUGCUGGUGAAUAAACCGGACCUGGGGCAGCCCCUACGGGUGGAACUUGCUGACCUGCUGGCACAGAACCCAGAGCAGUUCCACAACAAUGCCAGAGAGUUCACCCUCCACUACGGUGUGCAGCGGCCCGCCUGA